ACGCCGGAAAUGACACACCUGUUAAACGCCUGUGAAAGAAACCCCGGUAACACACAGAACAAUCAUUUAGAUGUGAUCUCCGAAACCGGAGUGAAGGAUUUUUUCAAAGCUGUAGUUAGGGUUGGGGCGGAACCUUCCUAGUUGAUCGUGACUCUGCCCAUCUGUUACGAGGUGAGUCAAACGAUAACUUGGGGAUGGAGAUUCAUUCACGGAAAAUGUGUUGGUGAAAGCGGUUUAUUUUUUCUCUCCUCGCCAAACUAUGCUUUAGAUAAUCAAUGAUAUUUUAAACAAUACAUAGAUUACGUAUUUGUAUGGAUAGAAUGAUAAGGAAAUCAAAAUAAAGUUCCGAAGAACAAUAUUGGAGGAUUUAAUUGUGGUGUUAUUGUUGAAAAAAUAUAUGCAUGAGUCAACGACAGAUUUUUGACUAUUAACAAUAUCGUAUUAUGGCAUUUAAAAGAAUUUAAAUCUUUUUUUUUUUAAAAAAAAGAUCUGAAAAAUGCAAUUUUUAGGAAUGAAUUUCAAUUUAGUUUCAAACUAUUUGAAUUGGAUUUUAUCUGUUUUAUUAAUUUUAAAUCAUAAAUCCUGCUAUGGAUACCACCAUACAGUUUUAGAUUACAACAAUCGUUUUCAUCUUUACUGGAAAUUAGACAAUCCGAAUGAAAGACUGCUCUUUCGAAUUGAAGUUGAAACACAUGGCUAUGUUGCUAUAGGCUUAUCAGUAAAUGGAGGAAUGUCUGGAAGUGAUAUAGCCUUCGGAUGGGUGAAGAACGGAAAAGCUUUUCUACAGGACCGUUAUGCACAUAAAAAUGGAAUACCUGUUUUAGAUGAUCAGCAAGAUUGGCAUUUGUUAAGCGGCUAUGAAAAUAUAACUCAUACUAUUCUUCAAUUCAGUAGAAAGUUCGACACCUGUGAUCAACAAGAUAUACCGAUUACGAAUGAUACAGCUCGGGUAAUAUACGCUUACCAUGAUGACGAUCCUUCAUCUGAUGACCACUUCAUGUACCAUGGAAAACACAGAAGAGGAUCUAAGAGUCUUAUGCUUCUGCAGCCAGUUCUGCAAAAGACUUCGCUCCCGAAUGAAGCAAAAAUUUGGGAUAUUCGUGCCCCAAAUAUUACUAUUAUGGAUGAUACUGAUACAACAUACUGGUGUAAAAUCGUCAAAGCACCUCCAUUGAACAAAAAACAUCACGUCAUUCAAAUUGCUCCUUUAGUUUCAAAAGAAAGUGCUGCAUAUGUCCAUCACAUGGUGCUGUAUCGCUGUUUAGGAGCAACAGCUAGGGAACUUGAACCUCACGUUCAUCACAUUGGUUAUCCAUGUUAUCUACCAGAAACUCCUCAGAUUUAUACAAAAUGUGAAAGCAUAUAUGCUGCAUGGGGAAUCGGAGGCCUAGAUUUAGUGAUGCCAGAAAAAGCUGGAUUGCCUUUAGGGGAUAAGCCCAACUUGUAUUUUGUUUUGGAAAUUCAUUACGACAACAGCGAAUUUCGAUCAGGAGUUGUAGAUGAAUCUGGUUUUCGAGUUUAUUAUACACCUAAUCUAAGACGUUACGAUGCAAUGACCUUAAUGAUUGGUGCUUCCGUGGAUCCUUGCAUAGUUGUACCUCCUGGUAGACGGAAGUUUACCAUAGCUGGACACGCUAAUCCACAAUGUCUAGGACCGGCAAUACCAGCUGAAGGAAUUCGAGUAUUUGCUGUUUUUCUGCAUUCUCAUCUACUUGGGAGACAAAUGAAGCUUCGUCACUUUAGAAAUAGUGUUGAAUUGCCCCACAUUGCAUCGGAUUUAAAAUAUGAUUUUAAUUAUCAGGAUUAUCGCUAUUUACCGGAAGAGAUCACAGUUAAAUCAGGUGAUCACCUUACUGUCGAAUGUACUUAUGACUCCACAGGAAGAAAUAUGACUACUUUUGGUGGACUUGGUACUGGUCAAGAAAUGUGUUUAGCAUUUGUAUUAUACUAUCCAAGAAUUGCAAGAGCAAGAGCCUUGAGUAGUGCAACAUGUGACUUGGUAAAAAGUUUAGCCGGAAUGGAAAUAAGCAGUGCCCAAGCUGAUGACGAAAAUUCAAAUUUCACCUUCUAUCAGCACUUCCACACUAAUAAUCCUUGGGAUACUCAAUAUGCAGGUAUAGCUGAAGCUGCAAUGAGAUAUGGUUAUCAUUCAAGUCACUGUUUCCUAGGUGAUGGAAGAAGAAUACCGAUGCCUGGAUUUGUUACUUAUCCAAGAAAUAUUCGACCAUACAAUGAACCAUCAAGAUGUACAUUUUCUUCUUCUACACAGGAGCACUGGAGAGAUUAUCACGUUAAUCUAUUUCAAGAAUCUACACCAAGUUCAUCAAAAUCAUCAGAAUGUUCAUUAAUUCUUUCUUUGUUAACACUAUUCUUCCUACAACUUAAAUGUAAAUUAGUGUGCAGGUGUUGAUAAUAACACAACAAACAUGUAUAUUCAUGAUUCUUCAUCAAAAAUAGGAACAUCUUCUUGCAUUAUAAAUCUCUAAGUUAUACCUCAUUUUUCAUUCAGAUUUUAUUUACAGGGUAUUACAUUUAAUCUAUUUUUGUAAAUAUAUUGUGUUCUAUUAUAGUACUACCGUUAGUUACUUUUAAUGUAAUUUCAAAUGCUCAAAAAUUGUGAAAAUUGAAAAUAAACUUUCUAUAUACUGUC